GAACAAGGCAUGGAAGUUAAAUAUAGAUGUAGUAACAGCAACAUCAUGUUGUUGUUAUAAGCACGGAUUCUAGAAGAAAAUCAACCACCGAAAAUGCAGUCACCAACCUCUGCGUCGUUUUCUACUCUGGGAGAGUUGACAGUACCCGACUUGAGCAGCAAAGACGGUCCCCACCAAGAUGAUGUCUCUAGUAUCUUUCAGAAUGCAGUAACGCACGAAUGCAAAAUCUGCGAAGGAGCACAGUUCGAUAAUUGUAUUUGUCAGCUGCUGUCAAGUACAGUAGAGUCCAGUAGUGUUGUAAAUAUGGAUCAACUAGAGGGUGUGACUAAAGUUUUAGGGGGCGUGAAUGACAUUUAUCAGGUUCUCGGCCGAGACGAUAUAUUGAAAUCAGAACUCCUUCAUGACAUUGAUCUUUAUUUAGAAUGCGAUGAAGACAGUGUGUAUGUGGUCCCUCCUUCCAAAGUGGAAUCAUGGAACCAACCAGGAAAAUAUCAAAAUUAUAAAAUUUCUUUUCAUUUUUCUAAACCUGGUGAGCAGUUAUCGGGUACUAGAGAACCAAAUACUAGGAGAACGAAGUGCAGUGAAUGUGAAUAUCGUUGCAAAAAGGAAUAUCUUAUGAGAGACCAUAGGGCAAAGUGUCAUGGAGAGAAAGACUUGUUUUCAUGCAAGGAAUGCAGUUAUAUAGGACACAGGUACAGACAUCUUCAAAAACAUGCACUGAGAAUGCACUCAAAAGGUACCAGUACCACAGGUGGGUUUGUUGACAAUGCUGGAGUUACCGUUGCUGCACCUGUGGCAUGCCAGCAUUCUGAUGAACUGGGGAUAGCGGGCAAUUCCUUUAAGGGGUGUCCUGAUAGAGUACUGCAAGAUGAGGCUAACAAUAAUAUAAAACGAGGGAAAUCAAGCAAUGCAGAAGCUGCGAGUUUUGAUGGCAGCAGGACAAAUGCGCCAGAUAAAACUCUGACUGUGCCGUCCAAGAAAAUCAAAACCCUCCAGCAAGCAGUGGCUCUGAAAACACAAAACUGCAGCUGCAGAGUUAAAAAGUGUGUUUCAAAAUUUAAAAGAAAUCAGAAGGAUGCAUAUAACAGAAAUAUUAACUGGACUUGUUACCCUAAUAACUGCAAGGGUGACUCGAAGACUUGUGCUCAGCCUCCAAGAUUCAACUAUCAUUGCCCAAACAAACAAUGUGAUUUUUUCUGUAGUAAAAAAAGUAAACUUUUGGUACAUAUUGCCCAAGUCCAUAGUGUGGAAAUAAAGAAAUGA